AUGAGCUCCUCAAGAAAGUCCAAGAUGGCUUCCAACUUGUCUGAUGUCAUGUUCACAAACGCUGUAUACUUCCCCAACUACCGGAUAUACCAAGGAGAUACACCGGGCAUGCUUAACUACAGUUGCAUCAAUCAUGUCUAUUACGCAUACGCCAGUGUUUCAGCCGAUGGUGGUGUAUUUUUAAGCGAUGAGUGGGCGGACGCUGGUGCGCCUGUUGAUGGUGUUCAGGGAGGUUUAGGAUCUCUGAUGCAUCUUAAGCAAAAACAUCCUCAUCUUCGAGUUGUUUUGUCAAUUGGUGGAGGAAACUCGUCAGAAAUCUUCCCCGUCGUGGCAUCAAGCACUCUUCUGCGAGACAACUUUGCUCGAUCAGCCAGAGGACUUGUCGAGGCCUCUGGCCUAGAUGGAAUCGACAUUGCAUGGGAGUACCCUUGUGAUGCGCAACAAGGUUAUGACUUUUUGGCUCUACUAGCAGCCGUCCGAAUUCACCUCCCCGAGGAGCAUUAUGUCCUCACCGCUGCACUUCCUGCAGCCAAGGCUGUCUUGCAGUUUCUAGAUUUGAUGGAGAUUGCCGAAUACCUGGAUUUCAUCAAUUUGAUGGCCUACGACUUUUUCGGUUCGUGGACCCCCAAAGCCGGUCACCACGCACAACUUUACGCCAUGGACAAGGAAGAGACAUCGGCUUCUUCAGGGGUUUCGUAUCUCAUGUCCAAAGGAUUCCCUCCCAAAAAGAUUCUGCUUGGCAUUCCAACAUUCGGACGAAGCUUUCUUCACUGCACUGGUGCAGGGCACAAGUACAAGGGCAUUGGUGGCGCUGAGGAUGGCACCUUCGAGUACAACCAGCUCCCACGCAAGGGCUGCAAGGAGGUCGUUGACAAACGCCAUGUGGCAGCACAAUGCAUGGGAGCAGAUGGUGGCUUCGUGACGUACGACAACCCGGACACCGUCAAGAUGAAGGCGGGCUUCUGUAAGCAAAAGGGACUAGGUGGACUCUUUUACUGGAAUGCUCCAGCUGAUUCCAAGGACAAGUCGAGAAGUUUGGUUGCGGCUGGCUUCCGUGCCCUGCAUUCGUCUUCGUCCUGA